CAGGAUUCUUGGUCUCAAUCUGAAUCCAGUCCAUCACUUAGUAGCCAUUCUGAUUGCUAACUUGGACCAGCAGUCCCUUCUUUUUCAUGGAUACUGCACCUGUCAAUGAUGCCUCAUCAAAGAACUAGAGUUGCAGUAGUGAUGCAUACCCAGGCAACUGGGGUUUCGGAGAUCCUUUUUCUGUUCUCUUUCUCUCAGUUGUUUUCCAGGAUGUUGUUGCCUUUGCUGCUGUUCCUGGGGAACGGAUGGAUGGUUGUUUCUGCCAGCCCGAAUGUGUCUGCCAUCCCUGUGAAGUUGUGGGCCUGUCUGCCGAAAGGAGGAGUAGCUGAAGCAAGGUUGCUUUGUCGCAUGCAUGGAUUGUAUGCCAAUGGAUCCAACCCUGGAGUGUUCCAGAGCUUCUACAUGUUCCAUGCCGUCUCAGACUCAAUCAGCUGCCACUGGAGAGACAUAGCCAAUUGCACCCUCAAGACCAGUGGAGAAGUUGGACAUUUUUGUUACAGCAUGCAGACGGCCAGUUCAAGUGUUCGCAUUCCUGUUUCUUGCCGACCUUUGCCUACACACCUGGAUUCUCGUUCAGCCGAAAGCAGCAGCAUCCAGGAUGGUUCAUGCGAUGUUGCCCUCAUUUCUGCUGCUUUAUGGAAACCUGGUGCACCGCUGCAUCUGCGAACUGUUGUUGGAACCCAGAACACUAGGUUUCCUGGAGAUCAGUUCCAGCUGUCCUUGAUUUCGCCCUCUGGAAAGAACAUCACCCGCCUAAUCGUUAAUUGGGAAUCUCAGGAGUGGGAAUUAAAUGGAAUGGACUUAAUUAAACAGGGGCCACCAGACUGGGUGGUGCCGAUCAGGGGGACACGCUGUGACCAACAAAUGUCCUCUAUCAGGUUUAAAUUCUAUGGUUUUGUUGCCAUCACAGAGGAAAUAAGUGAGCAAGGUUCAUACCGGGUAGAAUUUGGCUCUCAAAACAAAACAAUUCUUACAUUUAAUCCCCUGAUCACAGACAUCCUCCCACUUCGCCGUUUGACCAACCCCAUCAUUGGGUCUCAUGUGUUGAAAUUAGAUCAGCCUGAACAAAUUGUCAUGCACCCCCAGACCUCACUAAAGGAGGUGCAGAUUCAUUUUGAGGGUUUGAAUGUGUCACAGAGAGCACCUCAAUGUGCUCCCUUUCUCGGAGUCAGCCACAGAGGUUGGAUGGAGUGGGUUAAAAUGUGGGAUGGAGUACAUCAUGGGGAAAGGGUUAAAAGAGAACUGAUGGAUUGGCUUGGGCCCCUAGGAGCAGGUCUUUCUUUCAUAGAUGCAGCCAACAUAGAAGUCUUGGCUAAUAAACUUUCAUAUUCCACAAAACAAAUAGGGAAACUGACUGCUCCAUUAACCAAAUCUCUCUUGCAGCUCACAGAACAACCACAAGCUAUCAGUAAAGUGCUUCCAGUCUGGGAAGCAAUAUUAGAAGAGGACAGCAUGUUGAUUGUGUCUGGAAUCCAGUCGCUCCAAAGCAAUGUUUCAUUGGCUUUAGCAUGUGAACAGGCACAAGCAAUCACACAGAAUGUAGUCAUGGGAAUGAUUCGAGAGGCCAAGGCGGGAAACAUUCCCAUGGAGGUGAGCAAUUUAAUUCGGCCAGAGCUCACUUCAGGAGAAAUAGCUUUGGAGAAUUGGUGGAGGUUGCUAAAUGCAUCUUAUGAUUCUGCCCAGAAUAUGCUGCGGUUAUUUUUAAUAACCGUAGAAGCCACCCAGAUCAUCCCAAUCUAUCCAGUGGUCCCCUUGGGAUUCCAGAUUGACAAGGAUUUGGUCAUGUAUUCCAGGGACUCCAAUAGGUGGGCACGGAUGAGGAAUGGUGACUGGCAAACAGUUAAUGUGCAAGGUUGUGUGAAAAGGGAAAACUUGGGCUUUGUAUGUGAAGACAACAGUUUAGAAGAACACCACGAAUGCUUCUCUCCUCAGCUUGUAAAUAGUUCCCACUGCUCUUUUGAUGUAAUCCAAGAAGAAAGUUCUAUUGUUGUGUAUACUGGGAAGGGCUGUAUUUGUGUAAGAACGCCAUGUGAGUUUGUAAUCAUUAAUGGUCUGGUUAUCCAGCCUAUGCUGCCUUAUCUUAACCGUUGUUUUUGCAAUAUUAGUGUGCUUGUAGGCUGUGAUUUCCAAUUUCGGGUACCUGUUUGGACUGUGCAGCACAUGAAGGCUUACCCAUCUUUGUAUCGAGAAAUCUCGCCUAUUUCUCUAGGCCUUGGCCUUUCUACUCUGAAAAACCUGCUUUCUCACCCCUCCCUGAAGCAGGAAUUGUUGAAAAUCAAAGACAUGGGUGAGAAUGCUGCACUUGAGAUUCUGCAUAGCAAUAGGGAGAUUGCCCAGAUUGUAGCCACAGUUAAAUCUGCUGGAGACCACGCUUGGUGGGAGGUGCUUCUUGGAUGGUCUCCAAGUUCAAAUGGAGUACUAAAUAUUGCUCUCCACCCUAUUGUGGUGAUUUUAUUAUUUCAAGUGGCGCUAGUGAUCAGUUUGUUGCUGCUGGUCGGCUGGAUGAGGCGGCAAACACAAAGACUUUAUGAUUUAGAGAACCAGAUACAGGCCGCCAGAGGAAGCCUGUGAUGGGAAUACUUGCUAGAGCAAACACUCCUUUAAUGGAAGGACGUUGCCAGAUACCACAAUUGUGAUUUUAAGCUUCCAUCUUGUCUGUUUAUGGUCAGCUGACAUGGUCUAGCAGCUAAGGACAAGAUGCUUGACCUCCAGAACAGUCACAUUCUAUUGAAUGGCUGUGAAGAGACAGGAAAGAUCUGUUGUAUGUGGUUGUCAGUAGGGAAAGCCCAGUGCAUGAGAUCCUGUAUAAAUGGAAGGGCUAUGCUCAGUUUUAGAAACGGAGAUAUGAAAGCUAGGAGCUAAAUGGCACCUUAAUCCUAGGUUAUGGGUGCAACAACAGAAUGUCUAGGCGUGCUUUUUUAUAACAAGAAUACAAAGCUGAAAAUGAAUGAACUGCAGCUAAAAUCGUAUGUUCAUUUUUCACUUAGUCUAGUCCUUCCCCUGCCCACCCACCUAAUAUUCUUAAGAGGGUCUCUUCUCCAGUCUUCAGACAGUAGCUGGAAGUGGGGAGGCAGAAAAACGUCCUCCUGCAGUUUUAAUCUGAAAUCUUAGGCUCAGUACUGUACCCAGAGCUCAGAAACUGCUCAAGCUAAAGAAAUUCCCUGUUGCAAAAGGCGCCUAGAACAAUGGGAGUUUCGAACACUGGCUAUGCUUGAUCGGGGCACUUGCUCUACACAGCUAUGACCUAUACAUGAAUAACACAAGCACAGAGCUGGGGAAAAGGGCAGAGCCUAACCCUAACCACCCUGCACUACAGAAUCCUUGGAUUCAGACUGUUGAAUGGGAGCCAUCCAUGCUGCUGGCAUUUAUUGAAAACACACCUAUUGGUUCUGCAUUUCCUGAUCGUUAACACUGGAUCAUACAGCCUGGAAUUUUUAAUAUGUGUGCAUAUAAAAAUGUUUUUUAAUGUUUUAAUAUUGUAAACCAAUUCAGUAUUUUUAAAUAGAAAGUAGUCUAGAAAUAUUUUUAAAUAAAUAAAAUCCUCUGCAUCCAAUUGCAAUCUAUUUAUCUUGCGUGUGCACACAAUCCCACACACCCAGCAGUAGUACUUUACCUGGGAAAUAACCAGGAUCAUUUGUUUUUAUUUCUCUAGGGGCUUUGUACUCUGAAAUGAAAUGAGCGUAGAACUUUAUUAAUUUUUUCUUCUACCAGUUGCAGUACAGUACAGAGAAGCUUUAUUCAUGGAGCUUAAGUUGAGAUUCCAUAAUACAAGCACUGUAGGAUUCAUUUAUUUCUCCUGUCCAUAACUUGCCUAUUCCUUGGGAUGCUGUUCCAUGGUCUAAUGUCCUUGGGAAACGUUCCAGACAUUCUGGCUAUCUCUAGCAGUAGCAUACACUUAGCAGCGCCUCCUGUUUUACAGCCAGUAUGAUUGGUUGUCUGCCAAAGAGAUAUGCUUUGCCACCUGAGAAGGUCUGGGACAGUACCAAAAGAGCACAGUGGCAGCUGCUCACAUACACAAACCUGAAAAUAAUAUACCGUACUUGGAAAAACAAAAAUGGGAAUUAUUAUUUUUCUGAAAAACUUAAAUAAAAAUAAAUCCUAGGCAUAAACCAAUGUAUAAACUCAUUAGCUGUUGACCCUUCCUCGUAAAUUCAGUUCUGGGAAUUGGCUGCUGCCUCAUAUGUUUGUGUACACAAAGCAGGUAGUGGACUGCUAACAUGUGGCCUUACUUUAAUGGCAGUGAGUACAAAUUGAAAUAGAUGUCCUGCUGGAAUGGUGCUUGCUCCUCUGUAGUCUUUGAAAAUCUAAAUUUGAUUCCCAAACUUUUGGGGCACCCAAGGUUCUGCUCACCAGGCCUUCCUACUGUAUUGUGUCUCUUCUCCAUUAAUUCACCUUCCUUUAUGGCUUCCUCUUUGGGCUGCUUCUUCUGAGUUUCCAAGGACUCCACUGUUAACCUCACAAUCUGCCAUGGGUGCUGGUCAUAAGAAAUACCUUAUGAAGGGAUGCUUUUAAAGACAUUCCCUUUAUAGGUUAAAAGGGAAAUCGUGUAAAAUGCAUAAGUGAGACAAAGAGAUGUAAGGCGUUGUUGUAAGAAUGACAUAGUGGAAGUAGUACUCCAUUUAGUUUGAGGAGUAAUGCCUCAUGCUACUAUCCCCCUCCAGGUGUUCUACUCUUGCUGUAAAAGCAACACGGGAGUGACAAAUGUGUUAAGCUCCUGCCAUUGCCAUCCUUCUUGCCUCCAUGAGCUGCUAUCUGAAGCAGAAAGCCUCCUGUACUCAUGGAAGCUUCCUACAUGAUUUAGCACUCCAAUUUUUUCAGCAUUAAAAAAACACCACCCCACAGCUUUUUGAGAAUAUUACCCUUGUAGAGGGAAAUAUGGACAGCACGAUCAGAACUUAACAUUUUCAUCCCCACUUGCAUGUUGUUAUUUGCACAUAAGCAGAAUGUCUUAAGAAGGCUAUUCUAAUGCAGUAAGUCUACAGUUUGAAUUCUCACCUGAGUGAUAGGGGAACCCUCUGUUUUCUCUUUGUCUCUCCUUCUGCAAUAAAGAGAGAAUAGUGCUAGCCUACUAUACUGGGAAGUUUUAAGGACUCCUGAGCUCAUGGACAUUAAAGGCUUUGAAUGCUUGAUACAUGCUAUAUAAAUGCAACGUAUAAUGUGAAAAGGGUGUUCUGUUGGUUGGAUCAAGUGUUGUAACAAAAAUAUGCAAUUUAUUGGGGGGAAAGGAGGAAAUUGGAUCCAGCUGGAUUAGUGCAGAUCCCUGGACAAAAAUAUUCAAUUGGCAAACUACCUUAUAAAAAUAAAAUGUGUACUGAUGCCAGAUAUUGUAACCAC